CACCGUCGCGCCUUCCCGCAGCAAUUCCCUCCCUCUUGCACUACCACCACCACCCCAAACAAACAAAUCUCAAAAUGGCAAACGUAAUAGCGAAUUCCGGCCACGAGGAAAUGAUUCAUGAUGCCGUGCUGGAUUACUAUGGCAGGCGGUUAGCGACGUGCUCGUCGGACAAGACGAUCAAGAUCUUUGAGGUGGAGGGCGAGUCGCAUCGGCUGGUGGAGACGCUGAAGGGACACGAAGGCGCGGUCUGGUGCGUAGCAUGGGCGCAUCCCAAAUACGGCAACAUCCUCGCCUCCUCCUCCUACGACGGCAAAGUCCUCAUCUGGCGCGAAUCCGGCACCUCCUGGCAAAAAAUCUACGAAGUAAGCCUACACACCGCAAGCGUAAACCUCGUCGCGUGGGCGCCGCACGAAGCAGGGUGCCUGCUCGCCUGUGCCUCGUCGGACGGUAACGUCUCGGUGCUCGAGUUCAAGGACAACGCGUGGACGCACCAGAUCUUCCAGGCGUGCGGCAGCGGCGUCAACAGCGUGAGCUGGGCGCCGGCGGUGGCGCCGGGCCAGCUGAUGAGCGCGAGCGGCAACGCCGCGGGCGCCGCGCGCCGCUUCGUCACCGGCGGCAGCGACUGCCAGGUCAAGCUCUGGGAGUAUAGUCCCGAGACGGGCGGGUAUCAGAACAUGGCGAUUCUGCCGGGGCAUACGGAUUGGGUGCGCGAUGUGGCGUGGAGCCCGACGGUGCUGUCGAAGUCGUAUAUUGCGUCGGCGAGCCAGGAUAAGACGGUGCGCAUCUGGACGUCGGCGGAUCUGCGAGAGUGGAAGUCGACCGUCAUCAGCGUCGAGGCCGUCGCGUGGCGCGUGAGCUGGAGUCUGAGCGGCAACGUGCUCGCCGUCAGCACGGGCGACAACAGGGUCAGCCUAUGGAAGGAGAGGCUCAGUGGCGGGUGGGAGUGCGUCAAGACGAUGGAAGAGUAGACGGAGAAGAUUACUCGCGAUUGGGAUCACGGGACUUUGACGGACAUCGAGCACGGAGGCCACGACCCGCCGACUUGCUCUUCAGGCGCAUUUAGUGGGCUGGCUUGCCCGAGGAUUGGCGACGCGCCGAUUGAGCGACUACCCAUAUCUGAGCAGGGAAAUUUAAUCUUUGCACAGACCUAGGGAGCGGGAGCUACUACUCGUGCUUAGAAAGAACACCAUCAGAAGACUAAAAAACACCACACCUUCAUCCCCAUGUCUACCUCAACUCACCCUCCCUUCAUUACUACACCGCAAACCCAAUCAUAUAUCUAAUGUACAG